CAUCGGAAUACUAUUAAUAGUGUACUUAAUGAUUCUCGAUAUUGAAUAUCGAACGAAUCCAUGUAGCUCGUAUAUGCCGGAGUAUACCAAGGUAUAAGCUCCGCGUUGGUGGUACAAAAGCAAGCCCUGCCCCUAUCACGACGCACGGCCGUGGCUCAAGGAGAUUUCGCACGGAAGGUGUCCAACACUGAAGAUUGACCCAGGAUGGCUUCGAAAAUUGUACGGUUUUGUCUAGUGACGGGAUACUUGGCGCUUCGGGCUUCUGCUGCGUGUGCUGUAUAUGGUGUGGACUAUUCUAACGGCGGCUCCUACAACAUUGACCCAUCUUCUGAUGCAUCAUUCACUUUCACUACGAUAUUCCAAACUUGUGUCCAGGAAUCAAUCAAGCCUGUCCUAGUCGACCCUACCGGACACCAGUAUACUUGCUCCGCCAUCAACACAACACCUGAUGGCCAAGAGCAGAAAUCGACAUGCGGGAUCGCCUACUCUUCCAUGUCGUCAGGGCAGUGGAAGAUUGUUCUUUCAGGAACCAACGUAGCCGUUCAGAGAGUGAUUAAUCUGACCCUCGUCUCGCCCUCUACCGUGACCGUAACUGCUACGCCAACCGUGAUUGUGGGAAUCACAAGCACACCCAAUCCAACAACCAUCUUCUCAACCAUAGGGACGCAGACACAAACCCUAAUCCUAGCACCCGGGACGGUGACAACGCCGUGCAUUGGCUCGACGACAACACUAACAGUCACGCCCACAAAGGCCACUUCCGUGACAGUAUCGACAAUAGUUCGCACAACGACUGACGCGAUCGUCACCAGAGAGUCUACCACGACGGUCGUGAAGACCGCUUACUGUCAUUACACGGACGACGGAGGAUGGCCAGCACCUCCGCCCAAUACAAUCUGCGUCGGUUUGGCCUGCGGCUAUCCACCUGACUUACCUACCCCGACGAUCUGCGUUGGAUUUUCUUGUGGCAAGCAAACCGGCACUGUUCCAGACACGCCGACUACAAGCAGUGUGGAGGUUCUCAAGAUCCUAGCCACCACGAUCACUGUCACGGAGACGACUUAUACCGUAACGCAAACGAGUAUCACACAGCUUCCGGCGCCAACGGUGACCGAGAGUGUCAUCAAGAUUACCACGGCUACAGUGACUCCUCAACCAUCCACUGUCUGCGGCGGCCAAAAGCCCGGCGUUACGAUAUCGCUCACUCUGCCGCAGGCCACCGUCACGCAGACCAGCCUUUCAUAUUCGACAAGACACGCUACUGGAACAGUCACAGUUGUUUCGACCAAGACUUCAGUGACCACCAACGCCAGGAGUGCUACGAGUUGCUGGCUGAAUGGAGGGUGGAUGGGGGCUGAUUAGGAGGAAGACGAAUAUGCUUCAAGCUCGUCCACGAAUGAUAAGGAGACUGCUAUUUCCUGCCGCGAUCUAUAAGUAUUACUGGCUGACUGUCUUACGCUCCUUUCUCCGAUAAUGUGUGUGUA